AUGUUUCAAGUCACUACAUUCAUUGAUCAACAUACUUGUUCAAGAACCCAACUUUAUCCUCACCAUAGACAGGCAAACAAAAAGGUGUUGGGUGGAUUUUUGGCGGAGUUAAUGUUUGUGAAAGGAAGGGUAUAUAGGGGUCAUGAGAUUAUGACUGACAUAAAUGCCCGGUUCAAGAUUAAUAUCUCAUAUUCUCAAGCUUGGAGAGCCAAGUGUUAUGCCUUGGAACUGUUGAGGGGGUCACCAGAAGCAUCGUUUGCCCAACUUCCAGCUUAUUGUCACAAUUUAAAGUUGAAAACUCCCGGGUCGGUAACUCAUAUCAAAACAGAUAGAGAUGGACGUUUUGAGUUGUUGUUUAUCACCAUUGGUGCAGCGAUACGUUCGUUUGUUUCUUUCUUGUGGCCAGUUAUUAUAGUUGAUGCGGCACAUCUAAAAGGUCGAUAUCUUGGAACGAACUUAUUAGCAGUAGGCAUGGAUGCUAAUAAUGGGAUACUACCAAUAGCUUAUGGGGUUGGCAAAUCUGAAACCUCUGAUUCGUGGACAUGGUUUAUGGGGCAUCUUAGAGAUUGCAUGGUUAUGGUUAGCAAUUUGACAAUCAUAUCCGAUAGGGCAAACUCAAUUGAUAUGGCUAUUAGAAGGUGUUUUCCAGAUGCUUUUCAUGGACUUUGUGCUAUUCAUUUGUAUAGAAAUCUAAAAUCAAGGUCUCCUAGUAUUAAACAUCACCAAUGGACAUACUGGAAAGCGGUGAAAGCUUAUCGAGAAGUGGAUUUUAAUAGGCAUAUAAAUCGUUUGAGACAUGUUAUGCCCGAGUCUGCCCAAACACUAGAAGCUAUUGGGUUUGAAAGAUGUUCAAGAGUGCACACUCUUGGAGCAAGGUAUGGUUUCAUGACAUCUAAUAGUGCAGAAUCAAUCAACUCUCUAAGUCGCCAUUAA